CACAUCAACAUGAAUAUCUGUCUUCUACUCAUUUUUUCACUGACUACAGGUACUACUGUGGAAUCAUUUAUUGGAUGUCAAGGAGGAUGGGUCAAGUUCUUCUGUAAAAGUUCUUGCAAUAGUAGCUUCCCAACAAACAGAACAAACAUGAUCACAAAUAAAGCUAACAAUGUAAUUGUUGUGGUUAAAAAUAUUCAAAAAGAAGACAACAUUACCGUUCCCACCUCAAACCGUGUGCAACCACUAAAAAUUGGGAACCACUGCAGCCAUUUUAAUCACACUGCCUUCAUUAAAGCGUCGACUACUAUUGCAUGCGGCAAACCAAAUUGCAGUCACUGUCCAGAUACAUUUUUAUGCAAAGAAAAAGGCGAUUUUGACUGUGAAGAUAUCAGAACGAUCAACACGCACGCAAACUACUCAAAGAACUCCAGCGGUCUGUAUAUCACCAUCACUGAGGUCGAGUCACAAGACCAGGGCUUGUACUGGUGUGUGGCACGAGGGCAUGCCUUCAACAGAACCUAUGCAAAAGUCUUCAUCAAAGUUCGCGGGGGUGAGUCCAACAAAGUCCUCCUCACGUGCUGUUAUGGCCUUCCCUGGGAUCCAGAAUACACACAUCCGAUCUGGUCACCUCUGAAUCUCCCUGAGUUCAGAUGGGCGUGA